CAAGUCUCUCAAGAUGCGAAACCCAAUCGUCGCGAGAAUACCCGCUCCUGUACUUCUGCUGUCGGCGUAAACCCUCGCGAGAUCUCCUCUCCGUCUCUCGUCCUGAAUCGGCUGGUGUCAUCACGAAAGGAUUCCACACUCCUUUACCCAUCGAACCUUGUUUCACACGGCGUUCAGUCUUGUACCUCACUAGAUUGUUCCACACACACAGACUCGCAGCUUUCUGCAUUGUGAUUUGCUAGACGAAGCACAACAUUGAAUCAUGGGGAAUAUUUUUGGCAAUCUGCUGAAGAGCCUGAUAGGGAAGAAGGAGAUGAGGAUUCUGAUGGUUGGAUUAGAUGCUGCUGGUAAAACCACAAUCCUGUACAAACUGAAGCUGGGAGAGAUCGUAACCACCAUCCCAACCAUUGGGUUUAAUGUGGAGACCGUAGAGUAUAAGAACAUCAGCUUCACUGUGUGGGAUGUGGGUGGUCAAGAUAAGAUCAGACCGCUUUGGAGACACUACUUUCAAAAUACACAGGGGCUCAUUUUCGUGGUGGACAGUAAUGAUCGUGAGAGGGUUAAUGAAGCUCGGGAGGAGUUAAUGAGGAUGCUCGCUGAGGACGAACUGCGUGAUGCCGUUCUUCUUGUUUUUGCUAACAAACAGGAUCUGCCAAACGCUAUGAACGCUGCUGAGAUCACAGAUAAACUCGGCCUUCAUUCGCUCCGUCACCGCAACUGGUAUAUACAAGCGACCUGUGCGACCAGCGGCGAUGGGCUCUACGAAGGCCUCGACUGGCUCGCCAAUCAGCUGAAGAAUAAGAAGUGAGAGGGCGGGAUUUUCUUCAUGCAGCCGACUCUUACUCUUUCGGGAAAGGGGUGGGACUAAUUUGGCCUUUGGAUUGGUUAUGUUUGUUUUUCUUUAUUUCUUUCUUUUUGUUUGUUUUGUGUUGCAAACAUGUGGUUUAUGGAGCCUUCUUCGCUCUCUGUAAAUGCACACAUCACACACAAACACAAGCAGGUCGACAUGUGUUUCAUCUCCUCUGUUGACUUUUCCAUCCUCACUGCACCGGUAGGCCUGUCAGUACAUUGUCAGUAUGGCAUCAACGUUUGGUCGACUUUAUCUCAAUAUUCCCUCACCCGCUCACACCCCUGCUCUCUUUCUGCGUUCUCGAUCAGCGAACGGUGUUGUUUUUCGACUGCCGUGAAAAGAAUUGUUUGUUUUGGAGCGAGCGUGCUCAUGUAUUAUGUAAUAUGCUCAAAUAUUUCCUCGUAUUGUUUCGUGUAGAUGGCAUUAUGAUGCGGUUUGCCUCCUCAUGCACACGCAGUAUUGCACAAUCUUUGAUAGCGUUGUGUAGUGCAUGGCUCCUCUCGCUCAGUGUUGUGAUGUUUGGCGUUUUGGUGCAGUAGAAAGUAGAAAUGCAUGUGUGUGUUUAGUCACGCAGAGAUGGUCGGUGUUGCAUGCUGCUAUGUGGCUGUGCUGUGGUAGAACGGACGCUGCGAUCGGACACCGUAGAACAAACGUAGAUCUGUGUUUCUAUUCAUUUCCAAAAUGUGUGAGUCAGACGUUGUGUUGUUGGCUAGUUCGUUGUGAAUACACCUAAUCGUGGCAUUUCAGGGAAUCUGUAAAUGAUGCUUGUCUCCAAUCUUUGUUUUAUAAUUGGCUAAGUGUUGCAUGAGUAAAACAGUUCUGUUUGUAAAAAUCGCAUCAACUUUGUCUGCAUGGCGUGCAUGCUGUGCUAGUAGUCCCAUAGAUAGAUAGAUAGAUAGAUAGAUAGAUAGAUAGAUAGAUAGAUAGAUAGAUAGAUAGAUAGAUAGAUAGAUAGAUAGAUAGAUAGAUAGAUAGAUAGAUAGAUAGAUAGAUAGAUAGAUAGAUAGAUAGAUAGAUAGAUAGAUUAGAUUAGAUUAGAUUAGAUUAGAUUAGAUUAGAUUAGAUUAGAUUAGUUGCUAUGACUAAUUUGCCACUGAUAUGAUUAUUGUUCUAAACUGUUGGUCGUUUUGUCGCUUUUGUGCUUUGCAUAAACAAACAAAGAAACAGCACAAACAAAUAAAUCAAAACCCCAGGUAUGUCAGUGGUCUUUGGCAAACUGCAUCAUAACGCAUCUGUCAAAUCUGUUCUGAUGUCCUCACAUAUUCUUUAUUUGUGGUGUUUUUCAGAAGUAAGAGUCUAUAAAUAUAAAUAGUCUGUAUACUGUUAUAUACGUAUUAUUCAAAGUAUCAACAAACGAUAUUUUAUGUUACAGACUAAUGAGCAAAUGCUAGCAUAUUUUAGCAUACUUCCCGCUUUGCUUGUUGCUUAUUUACCCUUCGCACCAUUAAAUACUAACAGCGUGUUUCUAAUUGUAUUUGUUGUGUGGGAAUAGCAUAGUUCUUGCAUUGCUCUGUAUCGUUUUCAAGCUAAAAAUGUGCAUGAUGUGUACCUGACAGUGCAGACCAGUUUGAUGGUUCAGUUCUUUUUCAAGGCACUUAUAAUAUUGAGCGAGACACUUCAUCUUUCAUUAUUCAGUUUUGCAGUGGAAUAACAACAGUUUAACACGCAGUUCAGUAUCUAAUGCAAAUACAGUCAAUGACACACAAACCUCCACAGUGUGAAUUGUCCAGUCUGUUAAGUUUUGUGGCCUUAUCUUCUUACAAAUGUGUUUGUCACAAGGUUAUUUAUUAACUUAAGUUAUUGGGUAAAUAAGUUACCUUUUAUGUUUUUAUUAGAUCUAGGAACAAAAAGGGUUAAAAUCCCAAAUCCAUAAUAUUGCUUGAUUUCGAAGGGGAAAACAUUUUUUUUGCAUUGAAUAGUUUGUGUGCUUUUUGGGUAGCUAAGGUUGGUCUUUAAAAAGGUUUGAAGUCUUACUUUCUCUUCAAUAUUAUAUUUUUAUUUAUGUAUUUAUUUUGAUGACAGUUUUGGUGAAUGUUUUACCUUUGUGUGUAUAUGCUUUUUCUUUGUUUUUGGGUAAAUCAUUAUGAUGGCUUAUACAGUGUCUGUGAACAUAAUUAAUGAAGGGGAAAUAAUUAUCAAUUUCUUGUUGAAUUCAUGAUUAUUAGAACACUUAGAAAUCAUGGAAGAAAUGUGUAACUAUCUGUUACAGUAGAUCAAGACAGAUUAUGGUUGAUUAUUAUGACGUAGACACCAAAAUCUUUCUCUCCAUACAAUCCUUUGACUGUAACUCUACACUCCAAUAAAAGUAUGAAACUGA